AUGCUGCUCUACCGGACCGUGACGAUUGGGCUAUGCUGCGUCUUAGCUCAGACGGCUGCCGCAGCGAAUGCCGCAAAACGUCCGCUGAAUGGGUGGUAUCCUUGCUCUGAGGUCACCUUUUCAGACGCCGCAGGGAGACCACGAGAGCAAACUGCCGAAUGCGCUGUCUACUCCGCUCCGUUGUGUCACCCUGGCGUCUACAAGGCCCCAGCGACGGCGGAUCCGACAGUCGACAUCUUCGUGAAGCGCCUGCCCGCUUCGGUUGGUAACGUCGCGAAAGCGUCCAACGCGUGGCUUCUAUCCGGAGGACCUGGGUUUUCAUCCGUUGGCAGUAAGUUUGCACUCGCUCUUGUAUUGUUCCAGUAUAGAAUUCUCACGUGUUUUAAUUGUCGUUUUUGA